GAUUGCCUUGUGUGUCUGAGUCUGCUGGUCGCAGGUUCCAGGGUGAAACCGCAGCUUAGCUCUCACCCGGCGAUGAUAUCCCACCAUAUAAUCUGCAGUUUGCGCAGCAGCGUGCGGUGCUGGGCACACCGGGCUGUCCUGAAAGCGGCUCCGCAGGCCUCGGAUCUCAGCGGCUGGCGCUGGUACUCUGCCCCGAGUCGCGGCGGUGGCACCGGCAUGGAGGAGCUACUGGCGAGGGUCGUUGCCCCUUUACCCACGUAUGAAACGAGAGACAAGACACCUCCGCCCCCCGAGUCCAACAGCGCGGAGUUCAUGCACUUCUACAAGACUCUGGACUGGGAGCAUAAGCUGACUUUACUGCGGAAGCUUUCGCAAGACUUCGGGGUGGACCACAAGAGCGUCUCGGAGCUCGCUCUGAAACUGUUGGACGCUCAGCUGCGGGAUUUGGCGACCAUUUUGCAAGUAGAAGACAGGCUCCGCUACAGCUUGACGCCCCGCUAUAAACAGUUGCUUAAGCAUAUCAGCAGGGUCGAAGGUGGGGUGAAGUUUUUGGUGGAUCUCCGAGCCGAUGUGAUGGAACUCAUGUCAUCCAAGCCGAGCGAGAGCCCACACAUUAGGGACCUGAACGGCACUCUGAAGAGCCUGCUGUCUGAGUGGUUCUCCGUGGGUCUCCUCCGGCUGGAGAGAAUCACCUGGCAGUCCCCCUGUGAGAUCCUGCAGAAGAUCAGCCAGUAUGAGGCGGUGCACCCUGUAAGGAACUGGACUGACAUCAAGCGCAGAGUCGGGCCUUAUCGGCGCUGCUAUGCCUUCACCCAUGCCGCCAUGCCAGGCGAGCCCCUGGUUGUUCUACACGUUGCCCUCACGGAAGACAUCUCUGAUAACAUCCAGAGCAUCGUCCGCGAGUUCGCCACCCUCGACUCAGAGGAGGAUGUGAAUAAGAUAAACGCGGCCAUCUUCUACUCCAUUUCCUCCACCCAGGCCGGCCUUCAGGGAGUGGAACUGGGCAACUAUCUCAUCAAGAGGGUGGUCCGAGAGCUGCAGAGUGAGUUCCCCCACUUGGCCCAGUUCUCCAGCCUUUCUCCCAUCCCGGGCUUCUCCUCCUGGCUCCAAAGCCUGCUCAGCCAGUACAGGAAGGAGGGCCGGGCCACCGACCUCCUGUCCGAGCAGGAGUGGAGGGAGGUGGAGCAGGCCACCGACUCGGCCCCGGGCUCCACGGCCCUGGAGGCCCUGCGCAAGCUCAUCGCCACCAGCGAGUGGGUCCGCUCCGAGCGGCUGGUCCGCGUCCUGGAGCCCGUCCUGAUGCGGCUCUGCGCCUGGUACCUGUACGGGGAGAAGAGACGAGGCUACGCUCUCAACCCGGUGGCCAACUUCCACCUCCAGAACGGCGCCACCAUGUGGCGGCUCAACUGGCAUGCCGACACCAGUCCCCGAGGCGUGGCCAACUCCUGCGGGAUCAUGGUGAACUAUCGCUACUUUCUGAACGAGACGCCUAAAAACAGCGCUCUUUACAUGCAGAAUAAGGUCAUCGCCGCCUCGGAGCAGGUGCUGGGACUCGUGUCCCAGUUCCAGAAGAACAGCAAACUAUGAGGAACACUUGUUGAUGCACUGGGACAGAUGCACCCGUAAACACACUCAUGUUUGAUUGCACUUGGUAUCGAUGAUACAUUUUUGACUGCUGGACUUUGUUUCGUUUGAUUCAGCCGUAGCAUUUGGCAUUUUGAGUGUGUUAUAAAGAAACAGUGGCUAAUAUCCGACUGUGGUAUGAAAGCAGCAGAGACACGUCAGCUACUAUUGUCAUCAUUUUGAAAUUAAAUGAGAGCACUUCUCUCUUGUGUCUCAUCUCAUCUGUUGUGUAAAGUACAUGGGUUAGACGUCUUGCCUCAUUGGGUUUCUGGCUGAAGCUGUUUGGUAUCGUCUGAGUGCUUCUCAGGCUGAGAGACUGUAGCUAAUGAAGCAUGAGGCAUCCUUCAGUGCCUUACCAUGUUCCUGGAUAACAAUGUGUGUGAUAGUGGAGCAGGAGCAAUGAAGGAGCGCAGCUACUGGAAUAAAUGAUGUUUUGAUUCUUC